GGAGGUGAGGCGUAGCUACCCGACUUCCACUUUCUGAACCAGGGGUCCAGUUUCAAUCCAAAUCCAGUCAACAGGAGAUGCAGAAAACCUGUAUUGGAGAUGUGGUCUGCAGGGUCAAAGAGGGAAAUUUCCCUCUAUGUGUAUUCAGAAUGCUCAGAUAGAAAUACUGCAGCUUUUUGUCUUUAAAAAACAAAGCAAAACCAAAUCAUCUUCCUUUACUCAUGUUUUCUAUUUUACUUCUACUGGACAUAAAAACUGUGCUGGUAGUGAGAGUCACAUAAUGGACACGUUAACAGUUCUUUUAUACCCGAUUCUCAAGCUGGCCCUAAAACUGGCUUAUUUCGUUGAGUAUCUGGGUGUUUGUAGAAGAAUGUCCUUUACCUGCUCCCUAUGUGAGGCUUUUGAGAUGGAAAGAGGCUUCAGGAGAUGGAUGUUGAUGUCUGGCAAGGGUUGUAAAAUAGAAAGACGUUCCUUUCCUUUCUGUUUUCUUCUUUCCAAGCUGGACAUGAAGAGCAGGAAGGGGUUUUUGGUGCCCAGCAGUCCAGAACUCUUUUAGCGGCAGCUGCUGCACUGCAGAGUCGAAGCUGGGAAUUAUCUCCUCCUCUUCUCCACCCCACUCCUCCUCCCAGCCUCGGAUUCAGACUGGCUCUGGGGUUAGCUCUGCAAGGCCAGCUGGCUGCUCAUCUGACUGUAGUGCAUUGCUGCCCGGCAGCCUGAGACUGCGGGGUGUUUUUUGGGGAGUUGAGUUUCAAUGGCCACCCUGACUAGCAAGAAGCAAGGACUGCUUACAUGGACAGCUCGUUUUUAUCUUUUGCGGAGUCGGCUUUGUAGUGGGAUGUUGAAAUAUGACACAAUGCCUGUUUGUUUGCAAUAGCUGCAACCCUUGUAGCAGAGAUUCAAGUGGGAAACAGAGGGGGAAUCCAGAGACAAACCAGCGGGGGAAUUAGGAACUGUGACGCCGUGUCCUCUCUCCUGUGCCGGAGCAAGCAAAGGGAAGAGAGGUAGAGGAAAAAAGACUGAGCCUUGCAACCAGCCGUCACCCUGACGAUGUGUCAGUCAAACACCCUGCAGGGACCAGAUCUGCACACAGGGAAAUGGUGAGAUGCUAUAAAGCUUUAUCUAACCCUCCACCCUCUUGCUACAACCUCCGCAAAGUUAAAAUUCAUGUCCGGAGGCUGCGUUCAGGGAACGGCGGCAGCAGCAGCUGUGCCAGGGACCAGCAGCCAAAUAGGAGAACUCGUUUCAGGUUGCAAUUUCCCCAGCUGGCCCUGAGGCGAAGGUUGGGCCAGCUAAGCUGUAUGUCUAGGCCUGCUCUGAAACUCCGUUCUUGGCCUCUGACUAUUCUCUAUUAUCUUCUGCCUUUCGGUGCUCUUAAACCCUUGACCAGAGUGGGAUGGAGGCCUAUGAGCAGGGUUGCUCUGUACAAAUCGGUACCAACUCGACUGCUGUCACGAGCCUGGGGUCGCCUGAACCAGGUGGAGCUGCCUACAUGGCUGCGGAAGCCAGUUUACAGCCUGUACAUCUGGACAUUUGGAGUGAACAUGAAGGAGGCAGCUGUUGAAGAUCUGCACCACUAUAGAAACCUCAGCGAAUUCUUCCGCAGGAAGCUGAAACCACAAGCGCGGCCAGUCUGCUGUUUGCACAGUGUGAUUAGUCCCUCUGACGGAAAGAUCCUUAAUUUUGGACAGGUAAAAAACUGUGAAGUAGAGCAAGUAAAAGGAGUUACUUAUUCUCUGGAAUCUUUCUUGGGACCUCGCAUCUGCACAGCAGAACUGCAUUUUAGCCAGGCCCCACCUGGUAACUCUUUUCAGCAACAACUGGUCACAAAGGAGGGGAAUGAGCUCUAUCAUUGUGUAAUCUACCUUGCACCGGGGGAUUAUCACUGCUUCCACUCACCCACUGACUGGAGAGUGUCACACCGACGUCACUUCCCAGGCUCUUUGAUGUCUGUGAAUCCUGGAGUUGCUCGCUGGAUCAAGGAACUGUUCUGCCACAACGAACGGGUUGUCCUUACAGGUGACUGGAAGCAUGGCUUUUUCUCUUUAACAGCUGUAGGAGCAACAAAUGUCGGCUCUAUCCGCAUCUACUUUGACCAGGACUUGCAUACCAACAGUCCGUGUUACUCUAAAGGUUCCUACAAUGACUUCAGCUUCGUAUCCAACAACAACAAGGAGGGAAUCCCCAUGAGGAAAGGGGAACAUUUAGGGGAAUUUAACUUAGGCUCUACAAUCGUACUGAUCUUUGAGGCACCCAAGGACUUCAAAUUUCACCUCAAAGCUGGACAGAAAAUCCGCUUUGGAGAAGCACUGGGGUCUCUAUAGAACCUCCCUCAGCGAGGUCUGCUAUACAAAGGGACUCUUACCACACCACUGAGUGUUUCACUAAACAAGUAUGUGUCACUCAGCAGGACCUGGGUGAGGAAAUCAGAAGAUGUUAUUGCUAUGUUGAGAGUAUUUGGUCUGUAUUUACAUGCUGCUGAAUGCAGAAAGAGAAUGGAAUGACGAUAUAUGUGUCAGGUACAGCUGCCUUUAUAAAGAUGUUGACCAUGGAUAUUUCUGUCCCACGCUGUGCCUGUAGUCUUUCAUGUUGUCCCCUCAAUGUGCCACAGAAUAAUUACAUUCUUAGAGCCUGUAAGUCCCUUUUAAGCCUUCCUAGGCUGUGCAGGUGCAAUGGGGAAGGGUGGAGGUAGAUAAGCUGUAUUUAAAGGGACACAGACAGGCUCAGUCAGACCUUAUAUCUGCAAUAUCUAUAUUUCAGACCUUGAGUAAAGAAUGUGUUCUCCUAUUUAUUUUAUUCUAAGACACUCUCCUGCAGUUUUUAAUAUAAAGUCAGCCUGUGACCACGUAGAGCGCCAAACAGUUAAAUGGGCUAGUAUGUCUUCACAGUCCAAACUAAGCAAAACAUACAUCAGACAGCAUCAGUACAAUAAAUUACACUCAUUCACAUUUUCUACUGUUAGACAUCUUCCAUUCUUUUGCCUGACAUUGUCCCUUUAAAAAUGGACUUUGCACUGUAUUUUAAACCUGAAAAUACUUGUCUGCAUUCCAUAUGAUGAAACUGGUCAUCUUGCGAUUUUCUUUGAAAAAAGCAGAUAAAGCUGUGUCCUGCUCCUAACCCAUGGUUUUAUUUUGCUGUUCCAGGCCUUAAGGAUUUUAUUUGUAUGAGAGAUAGUUACUUCACUUCUUGGAUUAAGGGGCUAGAAGACAUAGGGGAUUCUUUUCUUGUAUGAUGCAAUGAGAUGGCAGCCAAAAUAUUUUUACUUUCUGAUAUGUAUCUUCAUUUUUACUUUGUCACUAAAUUCUUGAAGAAUUAAUUCCUGUACUUACAGAACAGUUUCAGAUACUUCAGGACCAAUUUUUAUUGCACGGAGUGAAAUGCCCUAUGCACUGACUGUGUAUAGAAACAUUACCUAUCUUUGAAGGAAUCCCAGGUUGCCUCUCGGGUGCCAGCCCAGCCGUCCUAUAAUGCACUGGCAACAGUUUCAUCUUCUCCAAAAUAUAAACCACAUCCACACCUGCUCUGACUCCUGCCCUCAUACUUAAUGCUAGGAAUGUGCUGGUGGGGAGUGAAGGCUCUAUGCUGAAGCUUCAUCCUACAGCAAAACUUCAGAGCCUCUCUGUAACUUCAUGUCAAGAAGAGUUAAAAUCUAACACCUUGGAUCUGUUGAGUGUGGCGCUACACGGCACUGACAGAAAGCCAAAGUGAAGAAGAAGAAUUGAGUUUUAGAGCAAUGUAUCAACUGUGUUUAGAGAAUAAACUGUUUCAAGUCCAGGCACUCAAACAUUUAGAACAACUUUGCUGUCCAGAGCUUGUUGGAGGGGACAUGCUUAUGAAACCUGCCUUUCUGCUCUUGAAAGAUUUCUUAUAUUACUUCCUUGCUUGAGCCUUGGUUAUUUUUUCUGCUACUUCAAGGAGAUGGUGGGCUUUCUGAUUUCCUAAAGAAAAACUUCUCUUCUUUGUAUGCACUGCAGAAAAUAGAAUAUAAUUUUGUUGUACAAAUGUCCAGUUUGCCAAGUCCUGUAUGCUUAGCUUGUCAUCAGGAAAGACAGGAUGAUUAACUGCCUCCAAGUGAUGUAGCCCAGCCAUGACUCAGAUGAUGGUGGCUGUUUGGGUGACAAGCAGGAGAAAAUUCAUUUGGCUCCGAGAGUCAAUGUUUCCUCACUUUACCUGGGGAGGAGUUUGAAAGCUUGAAGUGGCUCUCAGCCACCUAUCUUGUUAAACUUCUUGGCAUUAGCAAGUUUACUCCUGCAGCAGUGUAUUUAUUACCAUAUACAGAUUAUAGAUGUGCGCUUUUUUAAACCACUGAGAGUGAGAAAAGUCUAAAGCAAACAUCAACCCCAAGAGGAUAAAGCUAGCCUUUUGACUAAACUUCAACAUCCUGUUAACAGUAGAAAGCAAAUUUGUUCCAGUGGAUGAGAAAAAAAGACAACUGAAUUUUUUGCCCCUUUUCCAUUGGGGCCUACGACAUCCAGACAUAGCCAAAGCAACUUAAGUUUUAAUUUCUUCCUACUUGGCAUCAUCAUCCACGGUAUCUGAAGGUUACUGUUAGCCUAGUAAUGGAGGAUGGGUUACCUGGUGUUUGCUUUAUUAGAAAUCUAAGAAGGAGGAGAGGAUUCAGCAUCCAAGUGGCUGUUCUUGUGAUGGUCUUAAUAACUGUGCAGAGCUAGCUGAUUAACAAACAUUACUUGUUACGCAGUGGUCAGCAAUGUGCCCUGGAAUCAAAGGCAAAGUUCUAGAGGGUACUGAUAAUGCUGUGAAUUUCUCCUGCAUGGAGAAUCCAUUAAUUCUUCAACUGUAUCAGUAGCACGGUAUUUUUGUAUGUCAAAGUGUAUGACUUAUUGACAUUAACUCAUUUAAUUGCAAACAUUUUGAAAUAAAGAGUCUUAUCAGCGUUGCUUAUCUUUCUGAAAUGUCAGAGUAACCUAAACUAGGUACUGUGAGUGCAGCAUGAAGCAUGUCUAGCGCCUGUUUUUAACCAGCUGUAGUAACAAAAUAAAGCAAGCAAAAGUAUUUAAGUUAAUUUAUUAAAUAAAACUGCCAUACAUAGACUAAGAGAAUGUAUACAUCUCUUCC